CUUGGAGACUGAAGCUGCAACGGUUGCUCUUCAUGGCAGCCAGGACGCCUGUGGAAAUGCUCCAGGAUGAAUCCUGCUGCUCCAUCUGCCUGGAAAUAUUCCAGGACCCCGUGUCCAUCCACUGUGGACACAGCUUUUGUCGGUCGUGCAUCACUCGGACCUGGGAAGGACGUACAUCCAACUUCUCCUGCCCGCAGUGCAGAGAUACCGUGGCACAGAAGACCCUGCGCCCGAACUGGGAGUUAGCCAACAUGAUUGAAGCAGCCAAGAGAUUGAACCUGCAAACAGGCAGAGACAUGGAAGGAGGAGGGAACUUCUGUGAGGAGCACCAGGAACCCCUGAAGCUCUUCUGCCAAGAUGACAAAAAGCUUCUGUGCAUCGUGUGUGACAAGUCCAAGGUGCACCGUGACCAUUCUGUGGUUCCCAUGGACGAGGCUGUCCAGGAGUGCAAGAAACAAAUUGAGACCCAACUGCACCUUCUGAAAUCAGAGCAAGAGGCGCUUCAAUCUUCCGUGAAGGACACACAAGACAGACUCAAGGACCACACUGAGAGGACAGAAGCUGCAAAGCAGGAGAUUGUGAGGACAUAUAGGAAGAUGCACGAGUUCCUGGAGAAGCAGGAGUCCUCUCUUCUGGCCCAGCUGGAGCAGCUGGACACAGAGAUAAGGAAAGCCCAUGAAGAAAUCCUCCAGAGGCUUUUGGAGGAGACAACAAGCCUGGGCACGCUGAUUGAGGAGGUGGAGAGGACGUACCAGCAGCCAGACUGGGAGCUCCUGAAGGUGAGAGCCCAGGCUUUCCAAACUGGCUGGGAAGGCCCACCUUGA